AUGCAUGGCUAUGAGAUUAUCACAUGCUCGUCCAGACCUACCGGGGAGAACGAAAUACCACAGAAUGAAGAAAUAGAAGGCACAGAAAUCACGACAUUAAUGACGAUGAGACACCGAACUUUGUUCCUUUACAAUGUCUGUCAGUGCACCUUGUGCGGAAAAUGCUGGGACCGACAACUUGUUCAUAAGAAGAAACGGCUGGCACCCGGGAAGGUACCUCAUGAGAAAACGGAUUUACUGUUGGCAGGUUGCAUUGACAAGUUGCUCUCCACGACGCAUAAUGAUAGGAUUAUUCCUCUGCCACUCCAAGGAACUGACCAAGACGUGGAAGAUGGCCAGCCGUCAAUAUUAACAGUCUAUGGGAGAUACUCAGACGACGUUCAUUCAGGAUAUGGGAAACCAUCGAAGCAGCAGAAUAUUUUUGAGAAUUGUCCCUCGUUUCCUUUUGUUGGGCAAACUGGUGCCGGGAAUAGUACGAUUACUUCCGUUCUAGGAACUUUAGGUCAGGACCUCCCAACCUCUGAAGCCAUCCAUCUCUACGUCGAUCCCUUUACCAUACAAUCACGCCACUGCAUUCUCUAUGCUGAUUGUGAAGGCUUAGACGCUGACGAAGGAGAACCAUUAACAACGACGCCACGGAAAAAGCGUUAA